GCAGGAGGCAAAAGCAGCAGCAGCAGCUAGAAAUAAGGCUCUGAUAUGUUAUUAGACGUGUGGUGGUUCUGGCGAUUCUGCUGCUCCCUGACUCUGAGCAGCCUCUGAACGCAGCUCCCCCGAGCGCACAGCCCUGGGCUCCUGGGGAUCCCUCUUCAGACGUAGGGGAGGACCCGUCUAACCCCCUACCCAUCCCGCACCGCCCGACCUCCCUCUGCUCCGGGCGAGAGCUGUGAAUGGUGUGGAGUGGACCAUGGCUGCAGGGGGUCGCCGUCACCACCCACUGCGCUACCCGUCCCUGGCGGCCCUGGUGGAGGAUUCUCAGUGGCCUUUCUUGUUCCUUGUCACAGACUUCAACUACGGGACGGAUGACUACGACGGGGAAGGCAAUGAAGAACAGAAGGUGCCUCCCGAGGGCUCAGAGACCAUGCCGUACAUUGACGAGUCGCCCACCAUGUCACCCCAGCUCAGUGCCCGGAGCCAGGGCAGCGGGGAUGGCGUCUCACCCACACCCCCCGAGGGCCUGGGGCCCGGGGGCGAGCGAGAGGCCGGGAAGGGCCUGGAGAUGCGAAAGCUGGUCCUGUCGGGAUUUCUAGCCAGCGAAGAGAUCUACAUAAAUCAGCUGGAAGCACUACUUCUGCCCAUGAAGCCCUUGAAAGCCACUGCCACCACUUCGCAGCCCGUCCUCACCAUCCAGCAGAUCGAAACCAUCUUCUACAAGAUCCAGGACAUCUAUGAAAUCCACAAGGAGUUCUACGACAAUCUCUGCCCCAAGGUGCAGCAGUGGGACAGCCAAGUCACCAUGGGCCACCUCUUCCAGAAACUGGCCAGCCAGCUCGGCGUGUACAAAGCUUUUGUGGAUAACUAUAAAAUCGCUUUGGAGACCGCUGAGAAGUGCAGCCAGUCCAACAACCAGUUCCAGAAGAUCUCGGAGGAGCUCAAAGUAAAGGGCCCUAAGGACUCCAAGGACAGCCACAGCCAUACGUCCGUCACCAUGGAAGCGCUGCUCUACAAGCCCAUUGACCGCGUCACGCGAAGCACCCUGGUUCUGCACGACCUCCUGAAGCACACCCCCGUGGACCACCCAGAUUACCUGCUGCUCCAGGAUGCCCUUCGCAUCUCCCAGAACUUCCUCUCCAGCAUCAACGAGGACAUCGACCCCCGCAGGACCGCAGUCACUACGCCCAAGGGGGAGACCCGGCAGCUGGUGAAGGAUGGUUUCCUGGUGGAGUUGUCAGAGGGAUCACGGAAGCUCCGCCACGUCUUUCUCUUCACGGAUGUUCUGCUCUGCGCCAAGCUGAAGAAAACCUCUGUGGGGAAGCACCAGCAGUAUGAUUGCAAAUGGUACAUCCCGCUGGCCGACCUGGUGUUUCCGUCCCCCGAGGAGUUGGAGCCCAGCCCCCAGGUCCACACCUUCCCGGACCAUGAGCUGGAGGACAUGAAGAUGAAGAUCUCUGCCCUCAAGAGUGAAAUCCAGAAGGAAAAAGCCAGCAAGGGGCAGAGCCGGGCCAUCGAGCGCUUGAAGAAGAAGAUGUUCGAAAAUGAGUUUCUCCUGCUGCUGAAUUCGCCCACGAUCCCCUUCCGGAUCCACAAUCGGAAUGGAAAGAGCUACCUGUUCCUGCUGUCUUCAGACUACGAGAGGUCGGAGUGGAGAGAAGCAAUUCAGAAACUGCAGAAGAAGGAUCUCCAGGCAUUUGUGCUGAGCUCGGUGGAGUUACAGGUGCUCACGGGGUCCUGCUUCAAGCUGCGCACCGUCCACAACAUUCCCGUCACCAGCAAUAAAGACGAUGAUGAGUCUCCGGGACUCUAUGGUUUCCUUCAUGUCAUCGUCCACUCGGCCAAGGGGUUUAAGCAGUCUGCCAACUUGUACUGCACACUAGAAGUGGACUCAUUUGGCUAUUUUGUCAGCAAAGCCAAAACCAGGGUGUUCCGGGACACAUCUGAGCCACAGUGGAAUGAGGAGUUUGAAAUUGAGCUGGAGGGCUCCCAGUCAUUGAGGAUCUUGUGCUACGAGAAGUGCUAUGACAAGACCAAAGUCAACAAGGACAACAAUGAAAUCGUGGACAAGAUCAUGGGCAAGGGGCAGAUCCAGCUGGAUCCCCAGACCGUGCAGACGAAGAACUGGCACAUGGACGUGAUCGAGAUGAAUGGGAUCAAAGUGGAGUUCUCCAUGAAGUUCACAAGCCGAGACAUGAGCCUGAAGAGGACCCCGUCCAAAAAGCAGACCGGCGUCUUUGGCGUGAAGAUCAGUGUCGUGACCAAGCGGGAGCGCUCCAAGGUGCCGUACAUCGUGCGCCAGUGUGUGGAAGAGGUGGAGAAGAGAGGCAUCGAGGAGGUUGGCAUCUACCGGAUCUCAGGGGUCGCCACGGACAUCCAGGCGCUGAAGGCUGUCUUUGAUGCGAACAACAAGGACAUCUUGCUGAUGCUGAGUGACAUGGACAUCAAUGCCAUCGCAGGGACUCUGAAGCUGUACUUCCGGGAGCUUCCCGAGCCCUUGCUCACAGACAGGCUCUAUCCGGCUUUCAUGGAGGGGAUCGCUCUCUCAGAUCCUGCUGCCAAGGAAAACUGUAUGAUGCACCUUCUCCGCUCGCUGCCCGACCCCAAUCUCAUCACAUUCCUCUUCCUGCUAGAACACUUGAAAAGGGUUGCUGAGAAAGAACCCAUCAACAAAAUGUCCCUCCACAACCUAGCCACCGUGUUUGGCCCGACAUUACUGAGACCAUCUGAGGUGGAGAGCAAGACAAAUCUCACCUCGGCCUCCGACAUCUGGUCCCAUGACGUCAUGGCACAGGUCCAAGUGCUCCUCUAUUACCUUCAGCACCCGCCCAUCUCCUUCGCUGAGCUGAAGCGGAACACACUGUACUUCUCCACAGACGUUUAGCCGGGGGCCACACGGCACCGGCUUCACCGUGCAAGAACCAGCCCCUCCCCUCCCCCCCAGCCGGGGGGCGAGCCACAGACUGAAAACAAAACGAAACCAAGUGAGCCAGACUGCAAGGGAAGCAGACUUCCGAGAAGUGGAACAUGUGCGUCUUUUGUCCAACCUUGUACAGAGCCGGCCCUUUCUCCCUUCCCCCUGACCCCUCCCUCCGUUUUUCUAGUCGUGUCCGACGCGCUGUGUUUUUAUGUAAAUUUGUCACGCAGCAGAGGUGGGGGCUGACCAGGGCUGGAGGCCCCGGCUUUCUGCUCUGUGGUUACGUUUCCUCUGGGUCUUGGUUCGUUCCCGGUCCGGCCCCAAGCUUCUUAUUUUGCUCUGUGCAGCGCCUCUUACUUGCGGCUGGUCCCCAACCUUCUCCCAGCCUGCAGUCUCUCGGAAACCCCCUCCUCUUCUCCCCGCCCACCCCGGCCUGCAUGUGUAGCCUCAGCUGGAGGCCAGGGCCUUGGAGGCUUAGGGGAGACCCAGGGUUCCCCCAACCCGGCUCUCUUUCAACUGCCCAAGUUCUGCUUUGCCUUGCCGCUCGUGCAAAUGUUGGACCGGGAGCCAGACCCGCAGACCCUCUCUGGGGACUCGUGGCAGAACCAGAGAGCCAACCCGUAGGGUUUUCUUCUCUUGUGUCUCCAUCCCCGGGGUGUUCCAAUCCCUUCCUUCCCCCGGAGAGAGGAAUUUGGCCUGGUUUCCUUCUAACGCCUCUGGGUUACUUCGCCCUUUCGCGGUUGCGUCUCCUUCGCUUGUAAAGCCUUUGGCCGUCCAGCCGAAGGGCCAGGAGGAAGGUCGGUGAAGCUGAUCAGAAGCUCUGGGGAAUCCGGCUUUUGAGGAAGCAAGGAGGGAUGUGGCCGCUUCUUCCAGGUGGAAGAGCCAGAAGUCCGGAGCAGAGCGCACAGGUUUCUCUGGGGGUAGAAGAGUAUCUGGAGAAUGGGGAGUCGGGAAUGAUGCUCGGCCGACAAACUCCAGAGACCCGGCUCCCUUCGGUUGAUGCAGGGAUGAGACAUACGUGGGUUUGGGAAUGAAAACAGACUGUGUGCAAGAGGCCGGCAGGCCCCGGAGUGCCUCGGCCCUCACCGGGACCUUGGCCUUCGACUUUUACACGCUGCCAGAACACGGUUCCACGGCCAGUCCCAGUUGCCAGCCAGGAGCAGCACAGCUGGUCAGGGACUCUUGGCCACGAAGUUACCCUGAUGGACUCGUAACCGGGCCCCGCUCUCUGACCCGGAAGAGGAACCACACAAGACCCAAGCUGCCAUAACUCCAUCAGUCGCCGGCCGGACGCCCCGUCUGGAUCCGCUUCCCACCCAGCCUGGCCGGUGGUCUCUGCUGAGCUAGAGAAGGCAGGAAGAGGGGGAAAGGGAGGGCAGGAUGCUACCUCUCUGGGCCACUCAUCAGCCAUGUAGACAGCCCCAGCCUUUGCUGGGUCACCGCGAUGCUGCCCCAAAGCAUUGCUCUCAGCAUCUUGGUGCUGCUCCUGGGAUGAAGGGAGGGAAGGACCAAUCUUAUCCCUGGACCUCUUGGGUCCGGGUCAACCAGCCCCUUGGCUUUUCCAGGCCUACUCAUUAUCCUGAGUAAUUAAGACCGCCCCUUGGGGGCAGAGCCCAGGUAUCUGCAACCCUCCUGGCUCCUUGGCUCUCGCCAUUGUGCCUGUUUUUGGCCCAUGCAAACACAUUUCAGGAAGGUAGCAGCUCACCUUGUUUGUGCCCAGGGCGAAAUCUUCUGGAGGAGUCUUUGAAGGAUUUGCCGCAGUCUGUGGUUGACGAGGUGGCACUGUCUGUUCGAUUGGUGGACCUGCCGUUUCCAACUGACUUCAUCAUGCUCAAGCGGAGGGCUCCGGCUGGAUCUGCAUCCUGGGCAGCCCCUCGUUCUUUGUCUGUCGGGGAUAGGAGUGGCUUAGGGAGAAUUGAAGCCUGGCCAUGGAGGUGAUUCCAAGGGAGUUAGACCCUCUCCUCCCCUCCCUCUUUCAGAGCCCUUCUGAUCUGUGCAAGUUCAGUGGGGAGCAGAAAGCUUGAGGUGAGUUGGCAACAGCGAGAAACGGGAGUCACAUUCCCUGCCGCCUCCUCGACUUAGGAGGAACCUGUGGGCAAAGAAAAGGAAACUUUCCUCUUUCCACCAAGAAGCUGUAGCAGCCCUAAGUCUGCCAAGUUGGGCCCCACUGGACCAUGAAGGAGACUCGGAGGGGUUGGUGGGAAGGUGAAAAGAUCGUAAUAUUUAUGUAUCAAAAACUGCAGGGUCAGCGGGGAAGUCUGGCCCUGGGGCUGUGGCAGGAAGACCGAAUGGCGUCUGAUAGGGGCAGGUCUGGCCCAGUGAACAGGUAGGCUCCCAGUGGUGCCUAUCAGAUAUGGGCACUUGGGCAAUUGCCCACGUUCAUCUGGCUCGCUCCUUCUGGGGAAAGAUAGAGGUGCGGUACCUGGCCAGGACUAAGCCACACAGAGAGGAAGAUGUUGACGGUUCUUUUCUAUGAGCUGAAGACUCCAGAGCCAGCACCUCACCGCCUCAGCCGCUGCUCCGGCCCGGGUGGGCUGUGCUAACGGGGACCCUGAAAAAAGUCCGCAGGAACCCCAGCUUUCUUCCUUUCCCGGCUGUGUUCUGGGGAAGGGAGAAUUUUUUGCGGAUACAGGUAGGUAGGAUAGAACCGUUCAUUAAUAUUUGACUUAAGUUGGUAAGGAUAUAUUUUUUUUUGUCUGUGUUCCGUUUCAGUUUAUGUAGAUUAUUCUAAAUGGAUGUAAACCACGUGAGAGGAAAAUGUUAAUAAAAAUGCAAAGCCCCGACAUUUGCACAAAACGUA